UUUUUAUGUAUUUAUUUUAUUGUAUUUAUUUUUAUUGUGGGAUUAAUACGAGGAACAGAGAUAGUUUUUAUUAUUUCAGCUUCACCCCCACGUUCUCUGUGGAUCCGCUGGCGGCGAAAUCGAACAAAAAAAGAAAGAAAAAGCUUCAAGUUUUCCAGGAUAUUUUUCUGCCGCCAACGAGUUUUCGCGAAUAUUAAGUUAAAUAAUAGAAGAAACCCUUUGUGGGUUAGUUGAGAGUAAGGCGGUGAAGCGCACGACGCCAAUCGCGAAGUUGAAGUUGCUCCUCUCUCCUCUCCUCUCCUCCCUUCUCCCCCCCAGCUAGGCAUGGGAUGGGAUGGGCGGGCAUUCUGUGGAAGUAAAAUGAAAAACAAAGAUGAUGUUUCUCUUUUUCUUAUCUCUCUGCGCAGAAGACCUUGUUAUUUUUGUCCUCCAAGACUCUUCUCAUCUCGCUUUUUUGCUUGGAUUGUUUGGCAGUGUCCAAUUAAUGCGCCCUGCUGCCAACGCCUAGGAUAUGUCCACCCUGGCUAUCCUGCCCCAGCCCCGAGCCAUGGCCGAGUGCUUGAAAUUUUUGCGUGUCAACGGACCCUCCCCCCCGCAGGGCUGGGUUGCGAAGAAUACAGAGAUAAUAAUGGCGGAGAGACAGUGGCGCCGGGGGGAGGGGAGGAUCAUUAGGGGCAUUUUAUUUCCCCCAAAGGUUUUAAAAUUAAUCAUCAUCUUGUUCAUUUUUGUUCCAUCACUUCUAUUUUCUUGAUUCACUUCCCAAAAUUGCUGUCAGUUUGGCUAUAUCUUUCUUUAGCUAUAACUCUGCACGGGAGAGUAUGCUGCAUUCAUUCAUCAACUUGGGAACCUAGUAAACUUUUUUUCAUUAAAGUUUUGAAAAAAAAAAAUUAAAAAAAGAAAAAGAAAUUGCCCAUUGCUUUUAUCUGUCUUGACGUUUAACCUCCAAUUCGGUCCUUGUGGGGAGGCUUUCCGGCUGAGCGAAGUGAAUACAGAAAAAGGGGACGUACGAGACAUAUAUACAUAACUCUAUACUAACCAUGGCUGCUUCUGCCCUGUUGAAAAGCCGUGUCAGACGGCCGUCCAUGCUGAGCAAAUUGGCCAAGGCUGAGGAUCUGAUCAAUUUCUUUCCAAAUGGUUCUUAUAUCGGCUGGUCCGGCUUUACUGGUGUUGGAUAUCCCAAGAAAGUACCAACCGCUCUGGCAGAUCAUGUUGAGAAGAACUCGCUUCAAGGGAAGUUGAAGUAUACCCUCUUUGUGGGAGCGUCGUCAGGGGCGGAAACGGAAAACCGAUGGGCUAAGCUUAAUAUGAUUGAGAAGCGGGCGCCUCACCAGGUUGGCAAGGAGAUCGCGAAGGGAAUCAAUACGGGCAAUAUCAAUUUCUUUGAUAAGCACCUGAGCAUGUUCCCCUCGGAUUUGGUAUAUGGCUUCUACACGAAAGAUAAGCCAAAUAAUAAACUAGAUGUUGUGGUUAUUGAGGCAUCAGCGAUCACAGAAGAAGGCGGAAUCAUCCCUGGAGCUUCCAUUGGCGCUUCUCCAGAAUUAGUUCAAAUGGCAGAUAAAAUCAUCAUUGAGGUCAAUACCGCCGGUCCUUCGUUCGAAGGUCUACACGACAUCACUAUGUGCGAUAUCCCUCCCCGACGAAAGCCGUAUCUGAUUAUGGCACCCGAAGACCGCAUUGGAACCACAUACAUCCCAAUCGACCCGGAGAAGGUCGUUGCCAUUGUCGAAUCCGAUUAUCCCGACCAGACCCAACCAAACGCCCCAGCUGAUGCGGAUUCACUAGCUAUUGCCAGACACAUCAUCGAAUUCCUCCAACAUGAAGUGAACAUGGGCCGUCUCCCCAACAGCCUCCUACCCAUCCAGUCUGGUAUUGGAAACAUCGCCAACGCCGUCAUCGGAGGCCUCAGCACGGGUGGCGCCAACUUCAAAAACCUCCGCGUGUGGACUGAGGUGCUCCAAGACUCCUUCCUCGACCUCUUUGACAGCGGUCACUUGGACUUCGCCACUGCCACCUCCAUCCGAUUCUCCCCAGACGGCUUCAAGCGCUUCUACGAUAACUGGGAAAACUACUUUGACAAACUCCUCCUGCGCUCACAGCAAGUUUCCAACUCACCUGAAAUCAUCCGCCGCCUCGGGGUGAUCGGCAUGAACACCCCCGUCGAAGUCGAUAUCUAUGCCCACGCCAACAGUACCUGUGUCAUGGGCUCGCGCAUGUUGAAUGGACUGGGCGGCUCUGCCGAUUUCCUCCGCAGCGCGAAAUACAGCAUCAUGCACACGCCAUCGGCUCGCCCAAGCAAGACUGACCCCACCGGCAUUAGCUGUAUCGUACCCUUCUGUACCCACAUCGAUCAGACAGAGCAUGAUUUGGAUGUCAUCGUGACCGAACAGGGUCUCGCUGACGUCCGCGGCUUGUCUCCUCGUGAGCGCGCUCGCAAAAUCAUCGCCGAGUGCUCGCACCCCGAUUACAAACCUAUUCUCCAAGACUACUUCGACCGCGCUGAAUUCGAGUGCCUGAAGAAGGGAAUGGGCCACGAGCCUCACCUGCUCUUCCAGGCUUUCAAGAUGCAUCAGAAUUUGCAGGAGAAGGGUACCAUGAAGAUUACCACCUGGGAGUAGAUGUGGUUUUUGUCUGUUAUCUCUUCUCUUGGAUUUUGAAUGCUGAAUUCUGAGAUUUUGAUAUAACGGAAAGUUAUAUAUAUAUGUAAAGGGGAUCGAAGAGUAUAUGUAUAUAGGUAUGUGUCAACAUAUAGAAUCGUUUCGUACGUAGUAUAGAGGCGGUUCUACAAUCAUAGCUCCACGAGAGCUUAAACCAGGGGUGGAUUGGGAGCUCCAGCACAGUCUUUCUAAGCUGUUGUUGAGGUUGUGUGCUAUUUUUUUUUUCAAAUUGCUGUCGCAUAGACAUGGCGUCAUCCCAUCCCGGAAAUAUUAGCGUAUAUAUCCAACUUGCAUAUCCCCUCCCCGUUCUCAGUGACAUCGAGAUAACCUAAAUCUCACGCUUCACAGUUAUCAUCAAAUAUUAAUAUCGGAUCUGUACAUUCCAGUUCACUUGUCAUCUAACCACCACCAUGUCUAGUGAUAUAUAUACAUCCUAAUACCCUUCCUGGACCCAAAUGCCAAAAGCCACCCCCAUCACCACCAUAUCCAAGCUAACCAGCUCGAUACAGACCCACAUGUGCCGGAUCUUCCUACCUCCAACUUGACCUCUCCCUCCUAGGUCAGGACCCUGUGGCUGCGGGAGGCCCGUACUUGGGGGAGUGGUGGAGUGGUUUUUUUUUUUUUUUUUUUUGAAGUACCGUACAUACGCCGUGUUGCUUGGGGGGGAGGAGGGAAGCUGGAGAUGAACAGAACAGGAAAUUGGAUCAUCAUCACAAUGAUUUCAACAUAUUUCUGUCAAAGCCAUACCCAUCAAAGUGUAUAUUUACCUGGACUGGGAGGGGGGCGUCAAAUUGUGUAAAAAGUCAUGCGCUCUCUUUUCUCCACUAGUUACUCGACAAGUCCCACCCACCGGAUAUCGACAUGUAUGGAUGCCUUCUCGAACCCAGGCCAGGAUGCGAUUGAUCAGAUCACCCCCGUUCCCGCCCCGUUCCCGCGGAAAGGCCAUCGACGAAGAGAAUAAUAAUAAAACUGGAUGUUCCGCCAUCUCUUCUGGGCCAACCAACCCGUUCAAUAUCCCCGAUGCAUAGUAUGUAAUCUGUAACAUUCGCGUCAAACAACACCGUCCGCAUAACGCCGUCAGGGGCCAUCGUCGGAAUUAAUUUUGUGCUAGGGAGGAUUGUUUGCGUUGAUGAAAUUGGGUAAUCCGUGGCUGAUCAGGGGGGAAUAUAGUAAGCAAGUCGGGAUACUCUACACGCAAAAAGCGUAUCUCUUCCCACCUUCUAUAUAUAUACAGAUUAUGUAUGUAUAUACCUGGUUAGUUGGGUAGAUAGGGAAGAAGGGGCCCGGGGAUAAGAUAUGCAGGAUAAUAUGCAUGUUGCAGAUGAUGCUAUAAAUAAAUAUCCUCGGCAGAGAGUUGCACUGAUGGAAAAUUCGCUGACGCUGGUUCAUAUGUAUGUACAUACAUGUACAUACAAACAUAUAUGUACUGUAGAUAUAUGCGUAUAUCAUCAUGGGGUGAUGAUACUCAAGCAUUUUUAUGCGUAUUUCUUGUGGAAAUGACAUACGUCUAUUCACAUUGAGUAGGCACUGUGCAAGGGUACAUGUUCAUGUUCAUGAUAUGGCUUGCACAUUUUUUCGCCAUCACAACAGGGUGGAAGCCGGGCACGGAGUGUGCCCAACUUACCCUUUCAUUUUCCCCAGCUCAAAGUAUGCAAAAUCGAAAAAUAUAUAUAUAUAUAUAUAUAUAGAAAAGGAAAAAAAAGAAAAGAGAGGCAUGUUUCAACCCCUCCCGCCAUGAUCUGAUAAUUCAUGGAUGACAGUGAUACAGGCGCUUGGACACCAGUAGGUAGUGGGGAAGAAAGAAAGACAGACAGACAGACAUCUCUCCGCAAUAAUAAGCUAGGGAAACUCGGCCCGUGCCUUGUGUGAAAUGUCAAGCAUGUGCAGAGAAUGGAGAGACAUGUACUCCGUACUCCGUAAGGAAAAGAGAGAGGGGGGGGGGGGUAUAGCCCGAUCGAUGAAGGAGGACAAUGUCUCUCUUUUUUUCGAAGUGGAGUUGAGCAGGACGCGCAAUAGUUUAGUAAAGGUUAUAUAGUUGUUUAGAGCGUCUAGGAGGGAGUAUUCGGAGUGAUUGCGUAUAUCAAUACUACUCAGCCACUCAUGUUCUCAAUG